GUCUAAAUAUGUUUUACAAAUAUCAUGUUGAGUAAACUAGAUAUUCUUAUUUCACUUUAUCUAGUUGAAUGAAGCCAUGUAUUGUGGAAUUGCCCAUGAAGCACAUGUACGCAGAUACGAGCUAUAAGAAUACCGGGACAUCACAUUUAAAAUGGGUUUGCUUUGGAUUCCGUCGCUGACAAAGAGCAAUACUACUUGUCCACUGUGGAAGAGUUGCUAGAUAAAUAAGUUAGGUAGCUUCUAGUUCCUGCAAUAUAGCUAGCAAAAAGCUUCUCUAAGGCAAGAUGAGUGGAAAUUCGGGUAAAAAUCCUGUGCCCGUCGACACCAAUGGCAUUACUCCAUUUCAACAGAUGUUGGCUUCCUGCUCAGGGGCUCUCCUGACGUCAUUGUUUGUCACACCUCUGGAUGUUGUCAAGAUCAGACUCCAGACUCAGAAAAGUCCCUUUCCCAAAGGGAAAUGCUUUGUGUAUUGCAAUGGCCUGAUGGACCAUACCUGUGUGUGUACGAACGGCAACUCCAAGGCCUGGUACAAGGCCCCCGGCCACUUCAAUGGCACUCUGGAUGCCUUUAUUAAGAUAGUCCGCAGGGAAGGUAUCAAGUCGUUAUGGAGCGGCCUCCCUCCAACCCUUAUCAUGGCGGUCCCGGCGACAGUGAUCUACUUCACGUGUUACGACCAACUGCGUGCUGCCCUGAGGGUCAGGAUGGGGUCACACGCUGAGGAGGCACCUCUACUAGCAGGCGCCCUCGCCAGAGUGGGCUCUGUGACAGUGAUCAGUCCGUUGGAGCUGAUCCGUACUAAGAUGCAGUCCCAGAGAAGUUCGUACAGGGAGCUGAGUGAGGUUAUCCACUCUGCAGUACGCAACGAGGGCUGGCAGUCUCUCUGGAGGGGCUGGGGACCCACACUGCUUAGAGACGUGCCCUUCUCAGCCAUGUACUGGUAUAACUAUGAGAAGGGGAAGGCGUGGCUGUGUAAGCACAACAACAUCAGAGAGCCAACGUUUGCCAUCACCUUCAUUUCCGGAGCUGUGUCUGGAUCAAUUGCUUCCAUAGUAACUCUUCCCUUCGACGUUGUGAAGACCAGGAGGCAGGUGGAGAUAGGGGAACUCCAGGCUAUGAAUUUGUCGUCCAAGGCCUCCUCCUCUACUCUCAGUGUGAUGACCAAGAUUGUGGCUGAGAACGGCGUGGGUGGACUGUUUGUAGGUUUCCUUCCCAGGGUGAUCAAGGUGGCCCCAGCCUGUGCCAUUAUGAUCAGCUGUUAUGAGUUUGGGAAAGCCUUCUUCCGCAAGCACAACCAGGAGAGGCUGCUGACCAGCACCACCUGACCUGACUAGGGCCUCUCACACACACAAACCACCACCAUAGACAAUACCAAGAACACAAUCAGCCAUCGGCUACCUCUACCUUUCCCUGGGUUCUUAGAGAUGUUCAGGUGUAACUUUGCAUGCCUGUGUCCUCCCAGCUGCUUAGACACUCCAACACCCUGUUAUAAAGUGUUCAAGUGUGAUCUGUCAUGUGACUAGCUGGAAGUAGCUAAUGUUGGCGUUUAGGACCCAAGAACGUCAGGACUUGAUUCUGUUCCAAAGCAGGAAAUAUUGGCAGACAUGAAAACAAUAUUGAAGACAAAUAUUUGUAGGUAAUCAAUAUUAUUCAUAUUUUCUUCUAUUUCUCAAUCAAGAUAUACUGCACUUACUCACCAUACUAAUUGUGACAAGAGAAAAUAGUCAAAGUGCACAGAUUGUAUUUGAAAUAUCAUUUUCACAACUACUUAAAAAUGAUUUGCAUAAUCUUUUUCCUGUGCACUCAUGAUGAAAUAUCAUGUUAUGAAGUGCAUUUAAUUACACAGGCCUGUAGGUGGUAUCAGAGACUUGUCUGUAACCAGAAACUGAGUGGGUCAUAUUGGACAAGUGUUUUAUCCCAUUACGUUAGUUAUUGAGGUAUGGGGGUUGUGUGCACUGUGCUAUCCGGGGUCUGACAGUAAUAAUAAUCAUUUGAUGGAUGCUUAUAUUUGUCCUGUUUCACACAUGUACACGUGUGUAUCAUACCCAUGUCUGAAAUGGGGAAAUGUGUUUUUUGAAUACCCCGACACCCUCAGAGUGGAGUCAGGGACAGUAGAGAUGAGGGUCAAAGCUGUGGAUGAGGUGGGAUAACUUCUGGUUAGUAGUCUCUGUCCCGCAGAACCCCCUCUCAUUCCCUGCCGCUUUCUCUCUCAAUUCAUGACCCGAACUCUAUCACCUCAUUCUCAACCCUAUUGGAAGAGAAGGCCCAAGGUCCUUCAGGAUACAUGUUCUGUUCAGUGCCAGACUGACAGUUUAAACCUGAAAUUCAACUCUUAACUUACACCUCUUCCAGAAUCCCAUAUUCAAUCCCCAGUCAGCCAGACAUGGACUGUGAACUGUGACAACCUGUACAUGUUCUCAAAACAUGUAGCAAUGAUAUAUAUUUCUAUUGUUUAAUAUAUUCUACAAUGAUCACCUGUAGUGACACGUUUUCCAACUUUGUACAGAAAUACAUAGAAUAAAAGUCACAUUUUGACAUUUGAA